GGAAGCUUGAGCCGACGGAACGCCAACGCGGAAGUGGCCGGGCUGCUGCAGUCAGAUCCGGGGAUGGAGGGAGCCGGAGGCGGCGGCAGCGGCGGAGUAGAGGAAUGAUGAGGCUGAGGAUUGCGCCGCUUCCCCCUCGGGAGGCCCUGUAGCCGGAGGGGGCACGAGGCGCAGGGGUUUGGUCUCUCCGGCUGCGAGCCCCGGAAGGAGGAGGACGAAGUCCCGGGGCUUCGGGGCCGGGAGCCCGGCUGGGCUCUGACAGGCCCGCGGACGAGCUCUGAACGAUCUGGAGGGGCCAGGCCUGGCCGGGGCUCCCUAAGGGGGACCCGGAACAGCCCCAAGAGGGGCGCAGGCUCGACCAGGGACCAGAGUUUGGGUGGGGAGUUAGACCCUUAGAAAUUCAAGCCAGGAUUUGGGAAAGGAGUGGGCGGGGGAUCCCCCUAUUCCCCUCCCCCAUUCCCUGCUCUUGCCCCCAGAGGGGCAAGCGGGGAAGCUUGAGGGGAGGCGACCCCGCGGGGUCCGAGGAGGACCCCAUUUCUGAGGUUGAGGCCGAGGCUCUGAGUGGGGGUCCCCGACAGGGGGGCGUGCAGGGUUAAGCAUGGCCACCCGGCGUUUAACCGACGCUUUCUUGUUGUUGCGGAACAAUUCCAUCCAAAACCGGCAGCUGUUAGCCGAGCAAGACUGACCAUACUCUGUCUGUCUGUCUCCAUUCUUUUUCUUCUACCUUUUGCUUUCUCUAACUGGAUGGGACUGAUGGGAACAACAAAUCUCUUCAGGAGCUGGAUGAGGUAUUGUGUUUUGAAUGUUUUUGAAAGCUUGCUGAUGAUCGUAUGGCACUGGUGUCAGGCAUCAGCUUAGAUCCAGAAGCAGCAAUUGGUGUGACAAAACGGUUACCUCCUAAAUGGGUUGAUGGAGUAGAUGAAAUACAGUAUGAUAUUGGCAGAAUUAAACAGAAGAUGAAAGAAUUAGCUAGUCUUCAUGAUAAACAUUUAAACAGACCUACGUUGGAUGAUAGCAGUGAAGAAGAACAUGCCAUUGAAAUAACCACACAAGAGAUCACACAGCUCUUUCAUAGGUGUCAGAGAGCAGUACAGUCUUUGCAGAGCAGAGCACGAAAAUGUACCGAACAGGAAGAACGAGUCCUUCGAAAUGUAGUAUCCUCUUUAGCUCAGUCUCUUCAGGAAUCUUCCACUAAUUUUAGACAUGCACAAUCUGACUAUCUCAAACGCAUGAAGAAUCGAGAGGAAAGAUCCCAACAUUUUUUUGACACAUCAGUACCACUUAUGGAUGAUGGAGAGGAUAACACUCUUUAUGACCGGGGUUUUACAGAUGACCAGUUAGUGUUGGUAGAACAAAAUACACUAAUGGUUGAAGAGCGGGAGCGAGAAAUUCGCCAGAUUGUACAGUCUAUUUCUGACCUAAAUGAAAUAUUUAGGGACCUAGGAGCAAUGAUUGUAGAACAAGGGACAGUUCUUGAUAGAAUUGACUAUAAUGUUGAACAAUCCUGUAUCAAAACUGAAGAUGGUUUGAAACAACUUCAAAAGGCAGAGCAGUAUCAAAAGAAGAAUCGGAAGAUGCUCGUUAUUUUAAUUUUAUUUGUAAUAGUUAUUGUCCUUAUUGUUGUACUGGUUGGUGUAAAGUCACACUAGGUAACUGUGUGUGAUUGUGUGUGUGUGUGUGAGUGAGUGUAUAUGAAUGAGUGUUCUUUUAUUUCUGAAAGCUGCCUUUGAAUGUAUAACCCUCCGUGGUACAAGUCUGUGCAAUGUUUCCCCAUAGAUUCUUUUUCAUAAAUCAUGUUUCAGUGAUAGGAAUGGUUUGGUUUUUUAACAGAGAAUUUCAAGUCAAAUGAUGAUGCUACCAAAUAGAAAUCAAAUUCUCUAUCCAGACAUUCGCAGUAUUUUUUUUUUACUAGAAAAUAUGAGGAGUUGAAAGUUUACAAGCACAUGCAAAAGCUGUUAUGAUAUAUGUAUUUGCUAUUUUUAGCAGUCAAAUCUACAAGUUGCAUGUUGAAAAAAUACAUUUUGCAAUUGGGGUUUGGGAGAUUUUGAUUUUUUUAAAACCAUGUAUUUUUAAGUGAUUUGGAACCAAAAAGUGUGGUUGGAGAUCAAAUGCCUUAAACAAUGGAUUCUAAGUAUUUAACAUCUUUAUUUCCCCUUUGUGGGUAUUCCAUAUUGAAAUAAAUUGAGAAGGCCUUUGAAAUUUUAAAAUUUAUUCUCCUUUAAUGUAAUUUAAUUCAUUGCUAAUGAUCAGAUUAAAUAAAAUUUGGAUACUAAGAAACAAUCAUUGAUAUCAGUACAUUUAGUUGUUCAGUCAAACAGCUUCAUGGGUUUAAAUCAAUUGGUCUAUGUAUGUCCUUCAUUUGGAAAUUCUGCACUAUAUUUUUUAUUGUAAACCACAUGGUAUUACUAUUUAUAAUUCCCUUAGCUGAAAAUUUGGUAUGAAUCAUUGUUAAAAAGGAAGCUUCUCAGUUAUUCCUAUUCAUUCCAUUAUUUUACACACCUGUUUUAGGAUGUUUUUAAAAUCAAAAUCUCUUUAAUGAACUAGCAGUUUAGCCCUGUUUAUUACCAAUGUACAGUUCAUUAAUAGAACAUAUUCUAUCAAUGAUUUGAUUUAUUAUCUGAGAGCUAGAUCUGUUUCAAAGUACUAUAAAAAUCUUGACCAAGAGAUUUUCUUACCCUAUGAGGGCAGAUUUCUAAAGAAGGACUUAAUAGUUGUACUUAACUUUUGUUGAUAUGGUGCUGUCAAAUACUACUGGAAUCAUAGAACAAUGUGAUGAGUGAUGACUUUGGAGAAUUAACUUCUUCAUGUUCUAAUUGGUCCUGAAAUAACUUCAGUUUUAAAGGUUUUCACCUAAUGUAAUAUUUAUAACCUUUAUUUAUUCUAUACUCAUUUUCUUAAAAGGUUUUAAAACAUAAUUUCAAUGGUUAUUGUUUUUAGUUUGUUUUGCCUAGUAGCAUGAAAUGUUCUCCAUAGAAUUGACUUUGAAAUUGUUUCCAGAAAUUUAAACUCAGGUCCAGAGUGUAGUAAUAUUAUAUACAUAUGAGUAAAUCAUAGAAUCAGGACUUAUACUUAAUAUUAUAAACCUUUGUUCUAGCCACUCCUGAAUUAUUUGUUGCCAAAGGCAACCACUCCUUAGAUUUCCUUUUGACUGAGGUGACAAUAGAACACAUUGUACCUGACAUUCCGGGAAAUAGCACCUUUUGAAAUGUGGCUGUGAUUCCUCCAUAAUUCUUUGACAAGCAGCUGUUUUGUCAUGAAAGAACUUUAGGGAAGAAAAAUCUCAUUACCCUCAAACUUAAAGCUUCUUCCAAUUUCUUAAAUAACUAUUCACUCUUUGAACCAGAUUAUAUGAGGCAGUGUUUAAGGUGACCCUAGUUGUAAAUUCUGCUUUUGGACUUGAAACCAAUGUGAUAAAAAAUUCUCCUAAAGGACAGAGGCCAUGAGAAAACUUCUUAUGGAACUUGUUUCUUUGCAUUAAUCUGUUUUCGUAAAGUUAAAUCACAGCAUUCUUUUUUAAAAAUAGCUCAUUUAAGAAAUUAAAAAAAUAUAUUUAUUUUCAGUGAAUAGAAUUUUUCUUGAAAUGUGAGUUCACUAAGUAAUCAGGAUUUCCAUUUUUAAAAUGUGCCUGAUGUGUGAGAGGUGGGGAAGGCCCCUUCAAACUAAGAAAACUAGGAUAGUACCUAAAAUGUCGGCUGCUCUGUGUCUGGCCUCAACAAGAGGCAAAAUAGUCAUGUAGCAGGGAAUAAAUUAGAAUCCAAGAGCUACUGGUUUGCAGUGUAGUCAAAUGAAAUUUCCCCCCAGUAUACGUAUGACAUUAGAAUACUUUAUAUUAUUAGUCCUAUACUUAAGGAAAGAUUACUUAAAAUUUCAGCAAGAAAAUAAAACAUAUCUUGCACUAACUAGUGAAUUAAGAUAAUUUUUCCCUGUGAAAUUGGAUGGCAUAAGUCAUCUUCAUUACCUAUUGACAACCAUUUUCUGUAGUAAAAUUAGCCAAUCUAGUUUCUAGCCUCUAUAUUUGAAGUUGGGCACAAUUGACUGCCACAAAUUAAAAACAUUCUUUUGCCUAGAAUUGAUUACUGUUGGUUGGAAUUGAUGACAUGAAAGUUAUGGUUAUUCAUUGUUCUGUUUUCAGUCUUUGAGUGAAAGCCUAAUUCAUUACUUAAGGCAAUUCAUUGGUUUCAUUGACUGGCACUUUGAAAUUUAAAGAAAAAUUAGGAGGGGGAACUCAAAUGAUGUUUUGUUUUACUCUUACCCAGUGUUGAUACUGAAACUUUCCAUGAUUGUAAAUGAAACUACUGUCCCUUUUUUGUGGUGUUGCUGGUUACACCAUGCAGAGUGUAAAGCAAAAUGUUGCUCUAAUUUAACAUAUUUACAUCUUUACUAAUUGAGAGUCUUUAUUUAUUUGUCUUGACAGAAGUGCUUUUGAUGUUUUUAUCCUAGCUAAUGAUUUCUUAAAAGUAAUAAAACUCUUACAACUUGAUUGGUCAGAAAUGACUUUUUUCUUUAUGCUAAAAUAAAAUAAUUAAUGAAGCA